AACCAAGUAGCCACCUCUCAAACUUAAAUGCAUUUGGCUACAAUCAGUGUACCGAGCAGGAUCUUUGGUGCAUUUACCAAUUAUACGGGUAACAAUUUUAUGGCUGAAACAGCGAUUGAAUGUUCAAAGCAAAGACUCAGUGCUGGAAAAUAUUCCACAGAUGGGCCAACUUAUGUAAAGAAAAAAUGUAUUUCUGCUCAAUUACAUUUCGAUAGAGAAUGAACAUGCAAGAAAUCUGAAGUUAAUAAAAAUGUUGAUUAUCUGAAAUUAUUAAACUCAGUUUGAGUCUGGAAGACCAAAAUGGAACUCUACAAAAGAUGAGAUACUGCACUUCCAGUUUACCUUGAACUUCGUUGGAACUGAGCUGGAGGCCCAGGACCGCAGCAAUGAUAGUUUCUUGAAACAUCACAUCUCUGAGAGUGCAGAGCAGCAAAGAAAAUCACGUAUAACUUGAUCUGGUUAUGUUUGAUAACUAAACGCUCAUAGAUCGGUCCAAUAUUUAAAACCAUUCGGCACAGUCGAAGCAUGAAUAGUCAAGAUACACCGUGUUAAUCUAGAAGAGACAACAAUGUUUACAUUUAUUGUAAUAGGGGGAAAUGCCGGAGACAGCUCUUGCCUUUACCGCUGAGAAAAGCAGUUGUGUCAGUGAAAAAUCCAAAUGGAUCACUUUUGCGAAAUCUGGGAAGUAACGUUUCUGAGUACGAAUGGUUGCGAUUUAAACCCAUAACUUUAACUGUAUUCGCCUAAGCUGACCAUGCAUUCCCCAACGCUGACCAUGUAUUUAAAUUGGUCCGAUCUUUUUUUAAACCCAGUACUGAGUAGCGAGUGUAUGACUCUGGCGGCGCUGUUUCUGACGCAACAAUCUCAAAUCUCUCUAUUAGGCAUAGCAUAUGUCCUUUUUGUAACCGUCCGGAGACACUUAGUUAGACCAGAUGAAAUCCCCCGACCUUCAUAAUCGGUAUCAUAACAUUGGUUCCUCAUUCCACUGAGCCAGCUACGUUUCCACAGUUAUGAAGCUAAAACUCUAGGUCAAUGCUAUUUGGCGAACUCGAGUGAUUGAUUUGAACUCCGUAAGAACAAGCAGUAGGAACAUUGAUGGUGUUUUUUCCUCUCCGGUAUCUGUACAGUUAGGGAAUUUCCACUCUCGAGAAGUUUAAUGAAAAGCGUCAACGUAAAAGAGACAGGACUGCGGUUGUUGCAAUGUGAAUAGCAUUGGUGCCAAAGACAAAACGACAGGAAACAAUGUCUGCAGUUUCAGUUGAUUCUGAUUACAUUGUGGAAGCAUAAGAAAACAGAUGUGGAGACAGAUCUGUUUUCCAACCAUUUAGUCUCACAUGGAAAAGGCCGAGGCUUGUUUUAGUUCUGAUCCCACAGCUGAGUUUCACCCAAAUGCACCCGAGGAAGAAUGUCCAGAAGAAGGUUUCACCUCCAGAAGUUGUGCCAGCUCCAAGAUGCUGGAGGAAGAGGAUGAUGGAAAAGGGUGUAGGGGAAAGUACCAUCAAAGUCUCCACCUAUUCAAACCCUUUCGGACUACACAGAAACACAAGCACCCAAUUGAUAAUUCAGGCCUCUUCUCUUUUAUGACCCUGAAUUGGCUUUCUCCACUAGCAUGGAAGGCCUACAAAUAUUCUCGUCUAGAAAUGACUGACCUUUGGAAUUUAUCCUACAAUGAGUCCUCUGAAGCGAAUUCUCGACGCUUUGAGAAACUAUGGCAGGAUGAACUAAAGCAACAUGGACGAGAGAAAGCCUCUCUGGGGCGAGUAGCUUGCCGGUUUUGUCAAACAAGGGCUUUCAUCUCUGUUGGCUGCCUGAUGAUUACAAUGAUUGCCAGCUUUGUUGGACCUGCCGUUGUCAUUAGGAGACUGCUAGAAUAUGCGCAGGCUCCAGAGUCAAACCUUCAAUAUGGCCUGCUGUUGGUUUUGGGCAUUUUCAUGGCUGAGUUAGUGCGUUCAUGGUCAUUUGCACUGACCUGGGCUUUAAACUAUCGCACUGGAACUCGGCUCCGGGGUGCGUUACUUACCCUGGCUUUUGAAAAAAUUCUGAAGCUACGAAAUACGAAAGAUGUCACAAUUGGAGAAUUGGUGAACAUCUGCUCAAAUGAUGGACAACGUCUCUUUGAAGCGGCCUCUGUGGGUUCCAUGUUGACAGGAGGUCCUCUUGUUGCCAUGCUAGGAAUUAUCUAUACAGCUUUGUUUCUCGGCCCUACUGCUCUGCUGGGGUCUGCUGUUUUCAUUCUUAUCUAUCCAUUACUGAUGUUUAUGUCCAGGUUGACAACUUAUUUCAGGAAGCAAUGUAUUGCAGUCACAGACAGACGUGUGCGGCUGAUGAAUGAAAUUCUAAACUGCAUGAAGUUCAUUAAGAUGUACACCUGGGAAAAACUGUUUGCCGAGAAGGUUCGCGUGAUCAGAAGCAGAGAGAGACACUUUUUGGAAAAAGCUGGCUAUGUGCAGAGUAUCACAGUUGGAGUUGCUCCAAUUGUGGUUGUUGUAUCCAGUAGCUGCACAUUCACACUACACAUGGCAAUGGGAUAUGAUUUAAAUGCAGCUCAGGCAUUUACAGUUGUUGCAAUCUUCAAUGCAAUGACCUUUGCCUUGAAAAUUACACCCAUAUCUGUGAAAGCCCUGUCAGAGGCAUCUGUUGCUGUGGGCAGAUUUAAGCAUUUACUUUUAAUGGAAGAACUAGAAGUUGUAAGAAAACAGCCCAUUAGCUCACAUAAUGACAUAGAAUUUUGUGAUGCUACCUUGGCAUGGGACAGCAGCAGUACUUCUUCUUUUGAGAGAAAAGCAGAUUCAAACAAGGAUGAUGUGAAGAAGAUUAAACAAAGGAAGGCAAGAGGGAUGGAGAAGAAAAAGUUGAAUCUUUAUGUUCAAGCUGACUCAGAAAAUUCACUUGUCAAACAAAAUGAUCAUCUGUUGCAUGGCACUAAAUUGCAAUUUGAUCACGACAACCUACACGUUAACUUAUCAUCUCCAAAGCCCAGAUUCCAGGCAACCCUGCACCACAUCAACUUAAAUGUCAAACAGGGUAACCUGGUAGGAAUUUGUGGCAGUGUGGGAAGUGGAAAAAGUUCCCUGAUAUCUGCUAUCCUGGGUCAGCUGAUAUUACUUGAAGGGACAGUUGCAGUGAGAGGCACAUUUGCCUAUGUCGCCCAACAGGCAUGGCUUUUUAAUGCAUCUUUACGUGAUAAUAUCUUAUUUGGUAAAAGCUAUGAAGAGGAAAGGUAUCAUAACGUAUUGGAGGCUUGCUGUCUUUAUCCUGACAUCGAAGUCUUACAGUCUGGAGACAUGACUGAGAUUGGAGAACAUGGUGCCAAUCUCAGCGGAGGGCAGCGGCAACGGAUAAGUCUUGCACGUGCUCUGUACAGUGAUCAAAAUACUUUCCUCCUGGAUGACCCAUUGAGUGCAGUAGAUGCCCAUGUGGGAGCUCACAUGUUCACAUAUGCCAUUAAGAGAGGAAUGAAGGGGAAAACAGUUCUCUUUGUCACGCACCAGCUUCAGUAUCUUGUAGACUGUGAUGAAGUGCUGUUCAUGCGGGAUGGAUGUAUUGCUGAACAAGGCACACAUGAGGAUCUAAUGACUCUUAAUGAAGACUAUGCUGCGCUAUUUAAUAGCAUGCAGCAAGCUAAUCUUAUUCAGAAUAACCUAAGAAACACUGUAAAAAAAUCUGAAAAUAAGCCUGGGAAUUUACUUUCCAUGAGCAAGUCGGUGUCCAUUGUCCAUGACAAGAAGAAGGAAGCAGACCAGCUUAUGCAAGCAGAGGAAAAAAGUGCUGGCUCUGUGUCUUGGGCAACGUAUGGAAUUUACAUCAAAGCUGCAGGAGGUACAUUCAUCUUCCUUCUGAACAUUCUUCUGUUCCUACUGACUGGUGGCAGCAUAGCUUUCAGUAAUUGGUGGCUCAGCUAUUGGAUUAAUCAGGGCAGUGGGAACACGACAGUGACCAAGGGGAAUGUGACCUACAUCAGCAAUAGUAUGAGAGACCAUCCGAAUCAGAACUUUUACACUUGGGUUUACGCUGCAUCCAUGUUGUCUGUACUGCUCUUCAAGGCACUGCGUGGAUACAUAUUUGUGAAGUGUACCUUGCGGGCUUCCUCCAAGCUGCAUGAUGCUUUAUUCAAAAAAAUUCUCAAGAGCCCAAUGAAAUUCUUUGACACAACUCCUUUGGGCCGCAUUCUGAAUAGGUUUGCCAAGGAUAUGGAUGAAGUGGAUGUGCGGCUGACCACUCAGUCUGAAAUGUUAAUCCAAAAUAUUAUUCUUAUAUUGUUCUGUCUUGGUGUCGUCAGCGCAGUCUUCCCAUGGUUUCUGAUUUCCGUUUUACCUCUCUGCAUUAUCUUCAUGAUUGUUAACAAGAUUUCAAGGGUUUUAGUUCGUGAACUUAAGAGAAUGGACAGUAUCAGCCAGUCACCGUUUAUAUCUCACAUUACCUCCAGCAUCCAGGGUUUGUCAACUAUUCAUGCUUAUGACAAGGAAAGUGAGUUCCUACAAAAGUAUCAAGUACUACUGGAUUGUAAUCAAGGCCCACAUUUCCUAUUCAGCUGUGGCAUGCGAUGGCUGGCUGUACGCCUUGACCUCAUUAGUAUUAUACUCAUCACCAUAGUUUCAGCAAUGAUGAUUUUCAUGCAUGGAAGGAUUUCACCGGCCUAUGCAGGUCUUGCCAUCUCCCAUACAGUGCAGCUCACAGGACUUUUUCAAUUUACGGUCCGCCUAGCAUCAGAAUCAGAAGCCAGGUUCACAUCUGUAGAGAGGAUCAGGCAUUACAUAAUGAAUUUGGAAUCAGAAGCACCAUCUCAUAUUCCAGAGACAGCACCUUCUCUCAACUGGCCUCGGGAAGGACAAAUCCAGUUUCAUGAAGUGGAAAUGUGUUACCGUGAAAACCUACCACUUGUACUGAAGAAAGUUACAUUUACCAUCAAACCCCGGGAAAAGAUAGGCAUUGUAGGAAGAACAGGAUCAGGGAAGUCAUCCCUGGGCGUGACAUUGUUCAGACUGGUAGAAAUUUCCAGUGGUGCCAUUACAAUAGAUGGUGUGAAGAUCAGUGAUAUUGGACUGGACGAUCUUCGAAAGAAACUAUCCAUUAUCCCACAGGAACCUGUGCUAUUUGCUGGGACCAUUAGAUCAAACCUGGAUCCUUAUAAUCAAUAUACUGAUGCUCAAAUUUGGGAUGUGUUAGAAAGAGCUCACAUGAAAGAAAAUAUUUCACAGCUGAAUGAGAAACUUGAUUUUGAGGUCAUGGAAAAUGGAGAGAAUUUUUCAGUGGGUGAACGGCAGUUGUUGUGCGUGGCACGGGCUCUUCUUCAACACAGCAAGAUUUUAUUGCUGGAUGAAGCCACAGCUGCCAUUGACACUGAUACUGACGUAUUGAUUCACAAGACCAUUCAGGAGGUUUUUUCCAAUUGUACAAUGCUGAUCGUAGCACAUCGUCUUCACACAGUUUUGAACUGUGACAGGAUAAUGGUGAUGGACCAGGGAGAGAUUGCUGAAUUUGACAGCCCCAGUGUGCUACUCUCCAAUGACAAUUCAAGAUUCUAUGCAAUGCUUAGCUCAGUGGAAAACAAAAUAGUGGCUCCGUCAUCUAGCAGCGUAUCUCCAUGAUCAGCAACCAAGGAACAAUUCACCAAACUGUUUCUGGCUCAAUUAUGAUUCAGCUCUGAGGGACCUUCAUCAUAAUAAGUUAAGAAAAACAUCAGGAUGCUUUGUGGAUGGAUAAAGUAUUUCAAGUAAAAUGUCACUCAUGCAUACAUUAUUUAUUAUCUCUUGGAGGCACCAUAAUUCAUCAAGUAAUUUCAAUAGUGGUUAUUCCUUUAAAAGGGGAAUACGUGAUGAAAUGUACACAGAUAAAUUUGUUCAGGGAUGCUUUAUGUCGAGGUUUGGUGCUUGGAAUUUGAACUAUUCUGUUCACAAUUAUAAAAUAUUUACUGUUAAGUCGAUGGAUUGCUUUUUACUUUAUAAACCAAAGCAUCCUUUUAACAUCCUUUGUGAAGAACUGCUCCUUCCCAAAAGCUAAUCUCUAAACACAAAAUAAUGAAUGGCAAAUACAUACUUAUGAAACAGUAUAUCAGAAGUGAAUAAAUUAAUGGGCUGUUUAAGGAAAACCUGGAAUAAAGGACUGUCGUAUAUAUCAUUAGAAAUGCAUUUUCUUUCCCCUUAUAUUUAUUUACCCUUCCUAAUUUUGGUUCAAUAGAAUAGGGAUAUUUUUUCAAUACAAU